UGUUUUAAAUGGACCUUGAUUUCUGUCUUAAAAAUUGUAAGAAAUCCGCAAAGAUUUCGGCGUAUAACAUUGACAUAUCGCUGGAAAUAAUUCGUUUAAGUGAUUAAAUAAGAUUAGAUUUCACAGGGCUGACAUUCCCCCUCGAAAUAAAAUGUAUAAAUCAUUUUCUAAAAAAGAUUACUCAAAUGAGCGUUAACGUUUUCGAAUAAAAUGAAGAAACGAGGGAAACACUUUUUCAAUCGGAAGUGGAAAAACCUCUUCACAUCAAUAUGUUGUUUUUGAAAGAUGGCGGAAAUGGACAUUAUAUGAACAUUAUUUAUAUUUCAAGACUAAUGACUCAAAGAGGAAAUCAGAAAAGGGCACAAUUUUUCUGCAAUGUUUGUUUAAAUUUCUCCGGAACUGAGGAAGCUGCAUUGAAACACAAGACGCUAUGCAGUAGAAAGGUCUCAAAGAUGCCGCAGCCCCAAAAUAAUACUCUGGAAUUUACACAAGUUCAACAUCAGCUUCAAGUUCCAUUCGUUGUCUACGCGGAUUUUGAAUGCAUUCUGGAACCAAAGAAUUUUGAAGCUUUGUCAAUCAAUAUGGAGUCGGCUCUAUGUCGUUCACUCAAUGCCUUGUUUGUAGAAUAUGCAAUAUAGUGCUCUUUGCAGGCUUCAUCCAAUGGGUUAAUUCCUUGAUCACCGCUUUUCAAACGUUUCUGUAACUUUAAACCCGGUUCACAAAAAUUAUAACCCGGAAUAUGGGUUUCAAACGGUAAUGUAUUGAUUAGCUUAUCGACAAUACCACCACCGUGUGUAAAAUUAACAAUACGACUGAAACAAUUAUUAAUACAUUUCCCCAUUUAAUUUAUGUUUAAUCAUCGAUGAUU